AUGGAGAAUCACCGUCGCGAUGAUUCGCCCUCCGGUCUGUCGGAUUACGCCGAGGGCGAAGGCUUGCUGGGCACCGGCAUCACCACUCGUCACCUAGAGGCAUUCGGCAGAACGGUCACAUCAACGGCUGGACACUUGAUGGGACCGCCCGACCAGAGCCAGACUACCCACUAUCAGAAUGCUCUGAAUGACAUCCACCGCGAACUGCGCCGGCCGACGGCGCAGCGCAAGGUGUUUUCCCUAACGCAGACAACCCCGACCGAUCUGAUGCGGUCCAAAUUGUCAACUACCGAAAUCAAGUCUCGUGCCAUUUCCUCUCUCCCUGACGCCCUCCUCGCCGACCUUCCCGAAGAUAACAGCUCCUACUCCCUAUUCCAAGGCUUCCAGGCCUCCGUACCCGAAGAAGAACAUGGCCAUAAAAAACACCGGCGACGCACCUCCAAAGGCGGAAAGUUACUAAAGGACGGCGAGAAGGCCGGAGUCUUGACAGCUGGACCGGCCGGGCUAAAGGAGGAGCGGAAAUCAUUGAGCCGGCGGCUUGAUAUGAUGGGCAUCCGCAAAAACAUGUGCAGCGCCGAGAUUCACGAGAUUGAUAACAAGAUUGCGAAUUUGCACAAGAUGCGCCAAAUUGUCCUUGAUCGACUAGCGGGCUUGGAGAUGGACGAAGCCGCCUUGGAGCACGAUCUAACGGAACUCGAUAACAAGCUUGAAGACCUACAACCGGAGGAGACACCUGACACAUCUGCUGCGGACGAGACACCCAAGUCUUCAGAAGCCCCGGAGAGUUCGGCCACCUCCUCAGCCGACCCUGCUAUGGAUGCAUCGUUUAUGUCGGAAUCGAUAUACGAGAAGUUGCCGACCCCGUCGCCGAAGAGCUUACGACAUCGAUCUAUACGGAAACGUUCCAUGCCGAUUUUACACGAACAUUUCGCCCCGGGGUCAUUGAUCAAGGAAAUUGAAGCGCACACCGAUAUGGUCACCGCGAUUGACUUCGACUUUCCGUUUGGCACCAUGGUCAGCGCCGCGUUGGACGACACAGUGCGAGUAUGGGACAUGAACGUCGGUCGAUGCUCUGGAUUGCUUGAAGGACACCAUGCCUCAGUCCGGUGUUUGCAAGUGGAAGAUAACAUUGUGGCAACGGGAUCUAUGGAUGCUUCCGUGAGGCUGUGGGAUUUGAGUCGUGCUCGACCCGCAACUCGCGAUGGCCGCUUGAAUAAGCACGAGCGUGGUGAACGGGAGGAUACAUUAGAGCACUCUUCGCCGGUGCCACCUUCUUCCAAUCUGGAGGACUGCCAUGUGUUCACCCUGGAUGCGCACGUUGACGAAGUCACUGCCCUCCACUUCAAGGGCAACACGCUUAUCUCAGGCUCCGCGGACAAGACGCUGCGACAAUGGGAUUUGGUCAAGGGACGAUGUGUUCAGACACUCGAUAUUUUAUGGGCCGCGACCCAAGCCUCGUCUUCAACGACCACCGAUGGGACUUGGCGUCCGUCGGGUCGACUUCCCGACGCAUCUGCCGACUUCGUUGGCGCUAUCCAAUGCUUUGACGCUGCCCUCGCGUGCGGAACCGCUGAUGGCAUGGUCCGCUUGUGGGAUCUUCGCAGCGGUCAGGUUCACCGCAGUCUUGUGGGCCACACUGGGCCCGUCACCUGCCUGCAGUUCGAUGACAUGCACCUGGUAACAGGCAGUCUUGACCGCAGUAUCCGGAUCUGGGACCUGCGCAUGGGCUCUAUCUACGAUGCCUAUGCCUACGACAAGCCGAUCACUAGCAUGAUGUUCGAUUCCAAGCGUAUUGUUGCUGCCGCCGGCGAGAACGUGGUCAAGGUCUACGACAAGGCGGACGCCCACCACUGGGAUUGUGGUCCCGGCGUUGGCAUCGAUGAGACGGGUCCAUUCCCCGCGACGGUCGAGCGUGUGCGUCUCAAGGACGGAUAUCUCGUGGAAGGCCGCAAGGACGGCACCCUGGCCGCCUGGACGUGUUAA